UAACAGGUUCUUGAAGCACAGAAAAGACAGAGACGAGAGCAGAAAAACCUCAUCCAAACCUCUCCAAGACCCUAUACAUAUGACAAGGGAUGUGAUAUGUGGUCUCUUGGAGUGAUCAUCUACAUCAUGCUCUGUGGUUAUCCACCGUUCUACCCUGACACACCCAGUAGACAACUCUCUAAGGACAUGAGGCAUAAGAUCAUGGCUGGACAGUAUGAAUUCCCCACAGAGGAAUGGUCGCUUAUAUCAGAUGAGGCUAAAGAUGUUGUCAAAAGAUUGCUGAGGGUGGAUCCAACAGAGAGGCUUACCAUAGAAGAACUAUGCUCACAUCCCUGGUUAAGAGAGAAUUCAGCACCAAACACUGAGCUUCAUUCACCUGCAAUCAUGCUAGAUAAGAACAUGCUUGAUGAUGCUAAACAGAUUCACAGCGAGCAGCUGACCGCCAUGAGGAUACCUGACAAAAAGGUCAUGCUCAAACCAGUUGCUAAGGCUAACAAUCCAAUCGUGAGGAAAAGAAUUCUUACCAGAGGUCAAUCCAUCGACAACAAGAUUGGAGAGGAGCAGCCUCCUAAGAAGCAGAACAGAGAGAAUCCAGAGGGAGUCACAUGCCUUAGAAAUAUUAUUGCCCAUUGUAUAGUACCGCCUAAAGAUGCAAAUGGAGAGGAUGCACUUUGUGAGCUGAUGAAGAGAGCUUGUCAAUAUAACAGAGAUUGUCCCUCACUGGAUAAAGCGCUAAACAACCUCUCAUGGAAUGGAGAGCAAUUUUGUGAUAAAGUUGACCGCUCUGAACUAGCUCUUCUUCUGAAGGACAUCGUAGAUCAGAAGGAGAGACAUGAGAAGUGCUGACUCAUUCAACCUUGCUUCCUUCCUAUCUUUGGCUUGGACAGAUGGAAGCAAGUUUUACAAGAAGUUGUUUAAAAAGGAAAGUCCAUCUUGGUAUAUAGUAUACAAAUAAUACACAGCAGUGAGGGCAUUAGUAAGA